AUGACUUUCAGCGGUGGAGCUUGCGCAUACUACGCAGCCCACGUUCUAGCCGGCGCAGCAGACAUCGUCAUAUGUCCGCACAACUACGUCUUAGACCCUGUAGUGUCUCGAUGUGGAACCCACCACAGACGCAACUGGAGUCUCAAGAGCCGCAUGAUCAUCCUGGACGAAGCCCACAAUGUCGAAGAUUUGUGCCGGGAUGUGGGAAGUUUCGAUCUUCAGCGAGAAGAAAUCGUCGCGAUCAUCGAUAUGCUGACGCAACUCGGCAACGAAGAGAAGAAUCCG